GUUAUUGUUAGGUUGCUCGACUGGUUUGUUUGACAGCCGCUAAACGUAUUAAAACAUUCACAUAACCUAAAUAAAGAAACAACGCAUCAAGAAGCACAAACGCAAAGAAUUAAGAGUUUUUUUUUCCAUUUUAUUCUCAUAAAAAAUUGCACCGAGUUUUGAGUAGUGAGAUGGCGAAGAAAAAGACCACUCCAAAAAAAGAAACCAAUGAAAGUGAAGUGAAAAAGACAAAAGGUACGCCGACUGUGGCACAGAUCAAAUCCGACAAAUUGACAGUGCUUGCGAAUCAAUAUUGGUCAAAUGAGAAGCAUUUACCAUUCGAUCCAGAUAUCAUCGUGGAAAUCUACCGAACGGAUAUAAUUGGUGCAUCAGCUCGACUGCGAAACAUCAUUUUGCUGGAGUUCAGCCAAUAUUUGGAAAACUAUUUGUGGCCAAACUUUUACGCAGAACACAGCUCCUAUGAACAUGUGAUGUCAAUUGUGUUCAUGUGUAACGAGAAAUUCCGCGAACGAGUCGAUGCGUGGAAUUCGUUUGAAAAGAACCCGGUACAGUUUUCGGGUUUCUUUGAGAAAGUGUUGAACUAUUGUUUGUCAGAGGAGAAAUUCACUCCGAUUGUGGCGAAACAGCAAACCGCUUUAAUUCUCUUCUUGAAUCACUGUUUCAACAGCAUGGAAGUGGAACUGUGUCGUAAUCAAACGAAGAAAUUGGUGUCUCUUGGCAUGUGGCAAUGUUUGCAGCCAAGUCGUCGUGAAGCCGAACUCAAUUCCACUCCUCAAUGGAAGAAAUUCUGGAAAAAGUUGCAGAAAAAAGACAAAUCCGAACAGAAGGAACAACUCGAAUUUGAGCGCUUCUUUCUGCAACGGUUGAUGGUGAAAUUUAUUCGUAUUCUCGAAGAAAUUCCUGAGGAAGGUCCAAUUUUCAUUGAUACAGUACGGUAUUGCGAACGAUUUUUAGAAUUGGUCAUUGACUUGGAAGCUUUGCUGCCAACCAGAAGAUUCUUUAACACUGUUUUGGACGAUUGCCACCUGGUGGUCCGGUGUGCUUUGGCCCCAUUGGUGCGUCGGCCGGAGGGGCAACUCUUCUUGCAGCUGCUCGAUACACUAAAAUUCUACUCUCGUUUUGAAAUCAACGAUGAAACUGGGGACGCUCUCACCGAUCACGAUAUGACACAAAUUCAUUACAAGAAGCUGAUUUCGCUCCAGCGAGCCGCAUUCGCCAAAUUUCCCGAAUUGAAAUUGUUUGCAUUGACAAAUGUAGCUGCUGUCGAUACCAGAGGAAAACUAAAAUCACAUUUUGAUAUGUUGAACGAUGGUAGUCUCAAGCAAAUUGCCCGCUCUUUGUACUUGAUUCCGGGUGAAAAAGAGUCAAACCAUUUCAAAUGGCAUCGCGCUGAUGUUGAAUUCUUACGAGAACUUCUGAUCUCACGUCACGAGCGCCGAGUAUCACAAUUGGAUGCUUUGAACGAUAUGCCACUCUAUCCAACAGAAAACAUCAUUUGGGACGAAAACAUUGUACCGAACGAGUAUUAUUCUGGUGAGGGUUGUUUGUCGCUGCCAAAAUUGAAUUUACAGUUUUUGACUUUGCACGACUAUUUGCUGCGGAACUGCAACCUAUUUCGAUUGGAAUCUACAUUUGAAAUUCGUCAGGAUAUCGAAGACGCUGUUAGCCGAAUGUUGCCAUGGAGAGAUGAAGAGGGUGACGUUAUGUUCGCUGGAUGGGCUCGAAUGGCUCUACCGAUAUCAUCAUUUGCUGUGGUUGAAGUGGCAAAGCCACAUAUCGGCGAGAAAAAACCCUCGAGAGUUCGUGCUGAUGUGUCGGUCACAUUGAGCGUUCGCCCAGAAAUUCAAGAGGAAUGGGAGAGUUUGCGUAAGCAUGAUGUUUGUUUCCUGGUUUGUGUACAGCCGACAUGUUCAAUUGGAACAAAGUACAACUAUCGAGAGCCAUUCAUCCCCCAAGUUGGUCUUGUUAGUGUCCGUGGUUGUGAAAUCGAAGGAAUGUUGGAUGCAAAUGGUCGUGUUAUUGAAGAUGGCCCUGAUCCACGGCCACAGUUACCCGGAGAAAAACGAACUUACCGAGUUUGGCUUGAUUGCAAUCAGUAUCGUAUGGAUAUGGAUAAUUUACAAGAGUCUGGAGUUGAUGUUUACGAAUCAUUCAAUAUUAUCAUUCGUCGAAAGCCGAAGGAGAACAAUUUCAAGGCUGUUCUUGAAACUAUUCGUCAUUUGAUGAAUACAGUUUGUGUCGUCCCAAGUUGGUUACAUGACAUUCUUCUUGGAUAUGGGGACCCAUCGGCUGCGCAUUACAAAAGAAUGCCAUACCAAGAGAAGACCCUCAAUUUCAAUGAUACUUUUUUGGAUACUGAGCACUUGCGGGAAUGUUUCCCAGACUACAAAAUCGAGGUGAAAGGAGAUGAGAAAAAAUUGGCACGACCAAUGCUUUUGACAUUCGAAGAUGUGAGGGAAUCCAACGAAGAUGAAGAUGAUGAUGACGACGACGAAGAUGAGAGUAUGGAGCUACCGAAAAUAAUCAAAGUUGAGCAAGGACCUUUACCAAACUGCGGUCCAUAUCCAUACGAUGAACCGAAAAAGAAUGCCAUCAAAUUCACUCCCACACAAAUUGAAGCGAUUCGUUCGGGAAUGCAACAUGGGUUGACCUUGGUCGUUGGUCCUCCAGGUACGGGUAAAACUGAUGUUGCUGUUCAAAUCAUUUCAAAUCUUUAUCAUAACCAUCCGAACCAGCGAACAUUGAUUGUUACACAUUCCAAUCAAGCGUUGAAUCAACUGUUUGAAAAAAUUAUGGCAUUGGAUAUUGAUGAGCGUCACUUGUUGCGUUUGGGUCACGGAGAAGAGGCACUUGAAACGGAAAAGGACUACAGUCGAUACGGUCGAGUCAAUUAUGUGCUGGCCAAGCGUAUCGAUCUACUGAAUCAAGUUCAAAAACUACAGGAAUCUCUCGGCGUCACCGGCGAUGUUUCGUACACAUGUGAAACAGCCGGGUAUUUCUAUUUGUAUCAAGUGAUUUCACGCUGGGAAAAGUUUGUCAGCGAAAUUGAAGGUUACAAUGGCGAAAAAUACACACCGAUCGUAUUUAGUGAGCAAUUUCCAUUCACACGUUUCUUUAAUGACGCACCGCAACCACUGUUCACUGGCCAAAGCUAUCAGGGCGAUUUGGAUGUGGCCAAAGGAUGCUUCGAGUACAUUUCAAAGAUAUUCACACAGUUGGAAGAGUUCAGAGCAUUCGAACUGCUCCGCAGUGGAUUGGACCGUUCGAAAUACCUUUUGGUGAAAGAGGCUCGUAUAAUUGCGAUGACUUGUACUCAUGCCGCCCUUAAACGCAAAGAAUUAGUCAACAUGGGUUUCAAAUACGAUAACAUUCUAAUGGAAGAAUCCGCUCAAAUUCUCGAAAUUGAAACAUUCAUUCCGUUGCUAUUACAAAAUCCAUUGGAUGGCCACAACCGUUUGAAGCGCUGGAUCAUGAUUGGAGAUCACCACCAAUUGCCACCAGUCAUCAAGAAUAUCGCCUUCCAAAAGUAUUCAAACAUGGAACAAUCGCUAUUCACACGGUUGGUCCGACUGGGCGUUCCGACCGUUGAUUUGGAUUGCCAAGGUCGUGCCCGUUCAAGUAUUUCGGCGUUGUACAAGUGGCGCUACAAAAAACUCAACGAUUUGCAACACGUCCUUGACAAGGUUGAGUACAAUUUGGCGAAUCCUGGUUUCGAGUUUGACUAUCAGUUGAUCAAUGUUGAAAAUUUCAAUGGCGUUGGUGAGACCGAACCAAAUCUAUUCUUCUAUCAAAAUUUGGCCGAAGCCGAGUAUGUUGUCGCUGUGUUCAUGUACAUGCGUUUAUUGGGCUAUCCAGCGGAGAAAAUUUCCAUUUUAACAACGUACAAUGGGCAGAAGCAUCUGAUUCGCGAUGUAAUCAACAUGAGAUGCGGAGAGAAUCCUCUGAUUGGCCGCCCAUUGAAAGUUACCACUGUUGAUAAGUAUCAAGGUCAACAGAACGACUACAUUUUACUCUCAUUAGUCAGAACAAAAGCGGUUGGUCACUUGCGUGAUGUUCGACGUUUGGUCGUCGCAAUGAGUCGUGCUCGGCUUGGAUUGUACAUUUUCGGACGAGUGUCUCUUUUCAAGGAUUGCUUCGAACUACAGCCGGUAUUUAAUAUUCUUCUAAAACGACCCACCAAGCUACAUCUAUUGCCAGAUGAAAUGUUCCCUGGCGAACGAAAAUUGGAUAACAAAAUUGAAUCCGAAUUCAAAGUCGUUGAAAAUAUGUCCGAAAUGGCUGAUUUCGUGUAUAAAUUGUACUUGAAGCGCAUCAACGAUAUGAAAGAGAACAUGGAAUCGCUGAAGAAACUCUACGAAAAAUUGCCAACCGAAGAAACCACAGAGGAAACAGAGGAAACGGAAGAAGCCGCCGAGCCGAUGGAAACAGAAACUUUUGUUGUGACAGAAAUUCAAAAUGAGGUUUGAACUUUGUUGUGUAAAGGGUUUCUUUGCAUGCUGAAAAUCAUACAUCAAUAAGCUGAUUUAUUGUUAUACAAACUAAUUAAAACUAGGGUAAAUCUAAAACGUCAAAAUGUAUGUCCAAAAUGGUGAUUAAAAAAUCCAGCUACUUGAGAAUAGAAUUCCAUGAUGAAUAAAAUGCUUUCAAAUCAACAGAAAUUUCGAAUAAUAAAAGUGAAGAACGAUCACAAAAUUGAGAAAAAAAUAAUGGUUUCAUUGUAAUGAGAAGUAGAAAAAGUGUUAAUUUCUUUUAAAAGAGCCACUGAACAACGUCUAUCAGCAGCUUACUAAGUUCCCUGCUGUAUCUGUUAAUGACUUUCAUUAAUUUGAAAUUUUCUGCAAAAAAUGCUAUGAAAUAACAUAAAUAUUUCGAAAUAUAAUCUUCAUAUUAUUAUUUUUGGGAAAAGUGAAUAAAAAAGUAUAUUCAUCGCA